UCCCGGUGUGACUCUCUAGCCUUUUCACAGCCGCUCUGUCACCUUGACGCUUCGCCGGGGUGUCCGGGGACCCGGGCGGGGCUCGACCAGGCUGAUGAGGGUGAGUAGGGGAACAGGGCUGGGUUGAUGCGAUGCGUUGGGCAUGGCCCUGCAGGCUUUGUUUCUGGCUGCCGUCUCUGUCCUGUCCCUUGUCCCUCAGCUGCGACUCUUAACGAGCCAUCAUAAUGGCUGGCUCCCGGGUUGCCAAACUACCCAUGCAGCGCUGAAAUAUGUGCGUCAGACAUGCAGCAUAAGCGAGGUCGUCAGCCGUGAGGCGGGAAACGCGCGGCUGCUGCGUCUCGUGAUCGCGUGAGGGCUCCUGCAGUGACGUCGAGAGUCGCUGUCUCACAGCUAGCAAAGGCUGGCAGGCUGGCAGGCUGCAGGUGGCACCAGGCCUCCCACAGCAGGGUAGAACACGGGCCCUUGCGUGGGAGCGGAUUCGGACACGGCUGAUGGUUGUGUCAAGCAGCUCUCCGGAAUCCUCGGUGCUAAUGAGGACGAUUCGGUCGCUCUUGACCAAUGGCGACUGGGCCUGGACCUGCGUUGACAUCGCCCUUGGAAAUACAAGGUGAUUCGCAGGAAGCACUUACACCGUAGGCCUGGCAUUGCAAGACAUGCUCGGGCCAGGGCAGCAAAUCACCCAUGCCACUUCUCCCACCCCAAGUGUUUGGCGAUGCUUCUAAAUGACAUCAACAACCGCAAUUUCUCCAGCGUGUGACCCAGGAGUAGGCAGGCCAAAUCAAGGCGCGGAGUCGCCAUGAGGCCCGUCUCCGCCCGCACCCUGACGAUGACAAAUGGCAAAGCAAUGGCAAAACCAAACGAGCAUAGUCAUAAAACACCUAUGCCGAAGACAUUCCAUAACAAAGCCCACAUGAACCCUGCGUUUCAAAACAAUCAGGCCCGUCGACAGGUCAACGAUCAGCCGAGGAAAAUCCACAAGGUGGGACGAAGAGACAUCCGACGUCUCGACUCCUGCCCGCCCGUCAUUCUCUGGGCCCGCCUUUUCCUUCUUUCUUUUUCUUCUUCUGCUCCCGUCUGUCGCGCCACCCGGGUGGGAAAGCGACGAACGGGUCGGCCGCACCGUGGGUUCCCAAAACGACUGCCCGGCCUCGCAUGGCACCACCAGCCUGGGGCCAGCGGGUACAAGCUUCUAUCACAGCCUGGGCCGGUGCGUUUCACGGCGGUCCCGGGGCCCUGUCAAAGUUGACAGAAGGGACGGACGGGCGGACGGACGAACAGGUCGAGCCCCCCAAAGGGAUCGGUCGCAACGGGCUGCAGUUCCUACCCAACUAUCUGCGAGUUCACAUAUCACGGCAAGUGUGUGUGUAUGUAGUUGGUCAGACAAGUGUCCCACCAGCAAUCCUUAUAGCCGCCGGCCAGCUGCGGUCUGGGCGGCCGCCCGCCGGCACGUUCUUUUUCUGGCGGGUGCACUCUACGCCAGACUCGGUACGUCAUGAACGGGCGUGGCGUGGCGUUUCUUGUCUGUGCGACAGACAGACGGCACGGUUCCUCAAGGAUGCUAGGAUAUACUUGGGAGUUUGUUUUGUUUCUGCCUGUCUGGGCGGCAC